AUGUCCAUGUACAGCCAUCGCGGCAUGGGGGCCGUGCCCCCCAGCAAUUCCGCUCGUCUAAACGAGCUUCUCGAUCAGAUCAGGACCGAAUUUGACAGUCAGUUGCGCCAGACCGAGGGAUUUGAGCAUCAGAUCAGUGCUCAAGUGAGCGAGAUGCAGCUCGUCAGAGAAAAGGUUUACGCGAUGGAACAGACGCAUAUGACUUUAAAACAAAAGUACGAGGAGGAGCUUACCAUGCUCCGACACCAACUCGCGGAGGCGACCCGAGGCAAGGCCGGUGCCGGCCAGCCUCUUCCAGGCCCUCCCCAGCAUGGUGGCCCUUCCCAACAGCCUCCUUCAAUCGCACCAGGAAACGGUCUAUUUAGCGGCGUCAUGGCUGGCGGCAACCAAGCUGGACUCGCCCCUCCCCAACCGCAACAACCUCAGCAGCAACAGCAGCCGCAGCAUGGCCCCCCUCAUGAGCAACUUGGGCCUCAGCACCAAAUGGGCCAAGGCCCUCCAGGCCUCCCCGUCCCUCCUCCACACUCUUCUGCUCAACCCCCGCAGCCUCAGCAGGGUCCUUAUCCUCAGUAUCCUCCUGGCCCAGUUUCCAACGGAAUGGGCGGCCCCCAGCCAACACAGAGCACCGCGUCUCCUGGACCUCGAGGCCGGGGAAUUGGGCGACCUCCGAACUCAGUUGGAGGCCCCGCGACACCACAGGUUAAUACUCCCGUUCCUUACCCUGGCAGUGCGCAGUCUCCUCAGAUCAGCCACCCCACCCCCGAACAUCGCAUUGGUGGGCCAAGACCCCCUCCAUCUGUUGGUAAUGCUCUUGGUGAGCUGGAGCUUGAUGCAGUUCCCCCUCACAAUAAGAAGAACGGAGCCGACUGGCACGCUAUUUUCAACCCGCAAGUCCAGAGAGUUCUCGAUGUCGAUCUGGUCCACUCUCUUACACACGAUAGCGUUGUUUGCUGUGUGAGAUUCAGCCACGACGGCAAAUAUGUUGCCACUGGUUGCAACAGGUCGGCUCAAAUUUACGAUGUUGCGAGUGGUGAAAAGGUUUGCGUUUUGGAGGACCACACUGCCAUGGACCCGAUGGGUGGUACCGAUUUAUACAUUCGCAGCGUUUGCUUCAGUCCGGAUGGCCGCUAUCUCGCUACUGGUGCUGAGGAUAAGAUGAUUCGAGUCUGGGACAUCCAGAACAGGACGAUUCGCAACCAGUUCAGCGGUCACGAACAAGAUAUUUACUCUCUGGAUUUCGCAAGAGAUGGCCGCACUAUUGCUUCUGGAAGUGGUGACCGAACAGUUCGUCUGUGGGACAUCGAGCAAGGUCAAAAUACUCUCACCUUGACCAUUGAGGACGGUGUCACCACUGUUGCGAUCUCACCAGAUACCCAGUAUGUUGCGGCGGGAUCCCUUGAUAAGAGUGUCAGGGUAUGGAGCAUCCCAGAUGCUGUGCUUGUUGAGCGCCUGGAAGGCCCAGACGGACACAAGGACUCCGUGUACUCUGUUGCUUUCUCACCAAGUGGCAAGGAGCUUGUGAGCGGCAGUUUGGACAGGACAAUCAAGAUGUGGGAGCUGAGCGCACCACGCGGCGGUGGUGGCGCCCGAAGUGGCAAGUGCGUCAAGACUUUCGAGGGUCACCGUGACUUUGUCCUGUCUGUUGCGCUCACUCCUGACAACAACUGGGUGUUGUCUGGAUCCAAGGAUCGUGGUGUUCAGUUCUGGGAUCCCCGCACAGGAACAACACAGCUCAUGCUCCAAGGCCACAAGAACUCGGUCAUCUCUGUGGCACCUAGCCCCUCGGGUGGCUUCUUUGCUACUGGUUCCGGUGACAUGAAGGCCCGUAUCUGGUCCUACCGUCCACUUCACAACUGA